UGAAAAGCGCGGAUAGGCGUUGGCGCGCGGAGAGAGCCGCCAAUGGGAGCGCGGGGGGCGGGGCCCGGCGGUGAUGGCGCGGGAGGGCGCCCUGGAGGAUCCAGCUGUGCCCCCAGAUGUCGGGGGGCCCCCAAAACACCUUCCCUGCCCCCGAAAUGCCCCAGAUGUGGCGGGGGAGGGGCCGGAUCCAGAUGUCGGAAGCCCGGAAACGCCGAGAGCGGCCCAAAACGCGCCCGGGGCCCCAGAUGUGGGGCAGAGACCCCCGGAUCCAGAUGUUUUACACCCAAAAAUCAGAGCCCGGAUGCUGCUGGUGGAGAGCGACACAGAUGUGGAGGAGGAGGAGGAGGCGGAUCCAGAUGUUCGGCCCUCGGGAAGACGGAAAGCGCCCCGGAACGUCCCUGGAGCUCCAGAUGUGCAGCCAGAACCCCCGAAUCCAGAUGUUGCGGGGCUUAAAAACGGGCGCGGGGCGCUGGUGGUGGAGAGCGACACAGAUGUGGAGGGGGAGGAGGAGGAGGGGAUAGUUCCAGAUGUUCGGCCCUCGAAAGGACGGAAAGCGCCCCGGAACGUGCCCGGAGCUCCAGAUGUGGAGGUGGGGACCCCGAAUCCAGAUGUUGGCGCUACCAGAACCGGGCGUGCGGCACAGCCGGUGGGCAGCGACACAGAUGUGGAGGGGGAGGAGGCGGAUCCAGAUGUGGAGCCCCCGAAACGGCUCAAGAUGACCCAAAACGUCCCCGGAACUCCAGAUGUGCGGCGGAACCCCCCGAAUCCAGAUGUUUUACGCCCAAAAAUCAGACCCCGGAUGCUGCUGGUGGACAGCGACACAGAUGUGGAGGGAGAGGAGGCGGAUCCAGAUGUUCGGCCCUCAAAAAGACGGAAAACGCCCCGAAACGUGCCUGAAACUCCAGAUGUGGGGCGGAAACCCCCGAAUCCAGAUGUGCCCGGCCCCAAAUCCGGUCACAGGGCGCUGCUGGUGGAGAGCGACACAGAUGUGGAGGAGGAUCCAGAUAUGGAGCCCCUAAAACGGCUCAAAAUGACCCAAAACGUGCCCGAAACUCCAGAUGUGCGGCUGAGGACCCCGAAUCCAGAUGUUCCCGGCCCCAAAUCCGGCCACAGGGCGCUGCUGGUGGAGAGCGACACAGAUGUGGAGGAGGAGGAGGCGGAUCCAGGUGUUCGGACCUCAGAAGGACGGGAAAUGACCCAAAACGUGCCCGAAACUCCAGAUGUGGGGCGGAAGCUCCCGAAUCCAGAUGUUUUGCACCCAAAAAUGGGGCGUGGGGCGCUGCUGGUGGAGAGUGACACAGAUGUGGAGGAGGAUCCAGAUGUGGAGUCCCCAAAACGGCUCCAAAUGACCCAAAACGUGCCCGAAACUCCAGGUGUGGCAGCGGAGACCCCGAGUCCAGAUGUUCUCGGCCCCCGAAAUGGGCGUUGGGCACAGCUGGUGGGCAGUGACACAGAUGUGGAGGCAGAUCCAGAUGUGGAGCCCCCAAAGCAAGGCAAAAUUACCCAAAACGUGCCCGGAACUCCAGAUGUGGGGCGGAAACUCCCGAAUCCAGAUGUUUCUCACCCAGAAACCAGAGCCCAGGAGCUGCUGGUGGAGAGUGACACAGAUGUGGAGGAGGAUCCAGAUGUGGAGUCCCGGAAAUGGCCCAAAAUGACCCGAAGCGUGCCCGAAACUCCAGGUGUGGCAGCGGAGACCCCAAAUCCAGAUGUUUCGUGCCCCCGAAAUGGGCUUGGGGCACAGCUGGUGGGCAGUGACACAGAUGUGGAGGCGGAUCCAGGUGUGGAGCCCCCAAAGCAACUGGCAACGACCCAAAAUGUGCCCGAAACUCCAGAUGUGGGGCGGAAACUCCCAAAUCCAGAUGUUUCACGUCCAAAAAUGGGGUGUGGGAGCGACACAGAUGUGGAGGAGGAUCCAGAUGUUGAGGCUUCAGAACGGCUCAAAAUGACCCAAAGCGUGCCCGAAACUCCAGAUGUGGCAGCGGAGACCCCGAAUCCAGAUGUUUCGUGCCCAAAAAUGGGGCUGCUGGUGGAGAGCGACACAGACGUGGAGGAGGAUCCAGAUGUGGAGCCCCGGAAAGGGCUCCAAAUGACCCAGAACGACCCCGGAGCUCCAGAUGUGGGGGCGGGGAGCCCGGAUCCAGCUGUGGCGGCCACGCAGCUGUUCCCAGCCCCGGAUCCAGCUGUGGAGGGGGAGGAGCCAGAUCCAGAUGUUCGGCCCCCGGAACGGCUCCGAAUGGCCCAGAACGACCCUGGAGCUCCAGAUGUGGGGCCGGAAGCCCCGGAUCCAGAUGUUGGCAGCCCCCAGAGGCUCGGGGUGGCCCAAACCGCGGCCGGGAUUCCAGAUGUGGCAGGGGGGGACUCGGACUCGGACUCGGAUCCAGAUGUGGCCGCCACCCAGCUGUUCCUGCCCCCGGAUCCAGAUGUUGGGAGGAGGCCGGAACGGCUCCGAAGGACCCGGAGCGCACCCGGGAUUCCAGAUGUGGAGGAGGAGGAGGAGGAGGAAGGGCCGGAUCCAGAUGUGGCCACCCAGCUGUUCCUGCCCCCGGAUCCAGAUGUUGGGCCCCCGAAACGCCUCCGAACGAGCCGGGGUGGGCGCGGGGUUCCAGAUGUGGAGGAGGAGGAGGAGUCAGAGUCAGAUCCAGAUGUGGCCGCCACCCAGCUGUUCCUGCCCCCUCCCGAUGUCGGAGGAGCCCCCGAAGGCCCUGGGAUUCCAGAUGUGGAGGAGCCGGGGAGCCCCUCCCCCGAUCCAGAUGUGGCCACGCAGCUGUUCCCACCCCCGGAUCCAGAUGUUGGGGCCCCGAGCGAGCUCAGCGUGCCAGAUGUGGGGGCGGGGAGCCCAGAUCCAGAUGUGGAGGAGGGGGAGGGCUUCGAUGUGGCCACCCAGCUGUUCCCGGCCCCCCGCCCAGAUGUGGAGGAGGGAGAGGGGCCCCACGAUCCAGAUGUGGCCACCCAGCUGUUCCCGGCUCCCCGUCCAGAUGUGGAGGAGGGGGAGGGGCUCCCCAAUCCAGAUGUGGCCACCCAGCUGUUCCCGCCCCCGGGUCCAGAUGUGGAGAGCCCCAAGGUGGCCGCGGGCCAGCCCCGGGCUCCAGAUGUGCGGCGGGAGAGCCCAAAUCCAGAUGUUGGGGGUCCCCCAGGCCCCGCCCCCCAGGCAGAGGAGGCCCCGCCCACCCCGCAGGUGCGGCGCAGCCUGCGAUUGGCCGAGCGCAGAGGGGGCGGGGCCUCCGCCGGCCCCUCCCCCACGGAGAGGGGGCGUGGCCAAGCUCAGAGGCCCCGCCCAUCGCCCAAGCCCCGCCCCCAGACGAGGCGGAGCCAAUCGGGGGAGGGGCAUGAGGUGACCCCGCCCUCUGUGCCCAUAAAAGGAAGUGGGCGGGGCUCGGCGGUGACCCCGCCCCCACAGGAGGAGGAGCCAGCAGGGGGCGCCAAGCGCAGGCUCCGGCCCCGGACGGCGCCGGGCCCCGCCCCCAUCCGGGUGCUGUUCACGGGCCUGGUGGCCUCCCCGGCGCUGCUGGUGGCCCUGGGCACGCUGGGUGGCACCGAGGCCACGUCGGUGCACGACUGCAGCCACCUGGUGACCGACGGCGCCCGGCGGACGCUGAAGCUGCUCUGUGCCCUGGCCAGGGGCGUGCCCAUCGUCACCCCCGAGUGGCUGCUCCAGAGUUCCCACGGUGGCCGCCCGCUGUCCCCAGCUCCGUUCCUGCCCCGGUGUCCCCCCCUCGGCCUCCGGCUGCGUUCGGCGCUGGCCCGGGCUCGGCGCCAGCCCCUGCUGCAGGGCUAUGGGGUUCACGUCACCCCCAGCGUGCGGCCGCGGCCCGAGGACAUUCGGGACAUCGUCACCUGCUGUGGGGGCACCUUCCUGCCCCGCCUGCCCCGGGGCCCCGCGCCGCGGGUCCUGGUGGUCUCGUGUCAGCAGGACCGGGCUCUGUGGGCUCCGGCCGUGGCCGCGGGGCUGCCCCUGCUCUCGGCCGAGCAGCUCCUGGCGGGGGUCCUGCAGCAGCGCCUCGCCCUCCCCCCGCCCCCAAAACCCCCCAAAAAACCCCCCCAAAAAACCCCCCAGAAACCCCCCCAAAAAACACAAAAUUCAGGGACGGCCCAAAAAGCCCCAAACGCGCCCCAAAACGCCCGGAAACGGCCCCGGGACCCCCCCGCGGCUGCCGAGGGCGAUUUUGGGGUCCCCGAGCCCCCCCCGAGCCCCCCCCGCACCCGGAGCCGCCGGGGACCCCCCCAGAGCCCCCAAUAA